UUAAUUUUAGUUUUUUAUUUAUUUAAUAGAUUUUAAUAUUAACUUCACAACCUAUCCCAAAAUUCCAACGGCAAUUAACUGUUUUCACUAUUUUUUUAGCUUUAAAAAAUAAAAAAUCGAGUUUUGAACUCAUCACCCUUCUGCCUCUCCCAAAAUCAUACUCAGAUGGCUUCCUCGGUGCUCUCUUUGGCUUCUGCAACUCCCUCUGCUUCACUUUCUUUUCACGAUAUUAAAAAAGGAAAAUUGAAUCUUGUAAAUACCAGCUUGUGCUUCGACGAGGAGAAAACCAAUCCCUUCAUCAAAACGAAGUCUUUUGGUCGAAUAUCUAUGGUUGUCGCUUCCAAUAUGUCUCGUUUUGAGGGUAUAACAAUGGCUCCCCCUGAUCCAAUUCUUGGGGUUUCUGAAGCUUUCAAGGCAGACAACCAUGAGUUGAAGCUCAACCUUGGAGUUGGGGCCUAUCGAACUGAAGAGCUACAGCCCUAUGUGCUUAAUGUGGUUAAAAAGGCGGAUAAACUUCUACUGGAGAGAGGGGAAAACCGAGAGUAUCUUCCAAUUGAAGGCUUAGCUGCUUUCAAUAAGUUGACAGCGGAGUUGUUAUUUAGAGCAGACAACCCAGUUAUAAAGCAACAACAAGUUGCAACAGUUCAAGGGCUUUCAGGAACUGGUUCACUUCGACUGGCUGCUGCUCUUAUAGAACGAUAUUUUCCUGGGGCAAAAGUUCUGAUAUCAUCUCCCACAUGGGGUAACCACAAGAACAUUUUCAACGAUGCCAGGGUUCCAUGGUCUGAAUACCAAUAUUAUGACCCAAAAACAGUUGGCUUGGAUUUUGAAGGGAUGAUCGCAGACAUCAAGGCAGCUCCUGAGGGAUCUUUUAUUCUUCUCCAUGGUUGUGCUCACAACCCAACUGGCAUUGAUCCAACACCUGAACAAUGGGGAAUAAUUGCGGAUGUCAUCCAAGAGAAGAACCUUCCAUUUUUUGAUAUUGCAUAUCAGGGAUUUGCAAGUGGAAGCCUUGAUGCUGAUGCAGCAUCUGUGAGGAUGUUUGUUGCCCGUGGUAUGGAGGUUAUUGCAGCACAGUCAUACAGUAAAAAUCUUGGCCUUUAUGCAGAAAGGAUUGGAGCAAUUAAUGUUGUCUGCUCAUCACCAGAUGCAGCUGCAAGGGUAAAGAGCCAACUGAAAAGGAUUGCUCGACCGAUGUACUCAAAUCCUCCUGUUCAUGGGGCUAGGAUUGUUGCCAAUAUUGUUGGGGAUUCAGCUCUCUUCAGGGAAUGGAAUGAAGAGAUGGAAAUGAUGGCUGGGAGAAUAAAGAAUGUGAGACAUAAAUUAUUUGAUAGUCUUUCUUCCAAAGAUAAAACUGGGAAGGAUUGGUCGUUUGUUCUUAAGCAGAUAGGCAUGUUUUCAUUCACAGGCUUAAACAAAGCUCAGUGUGAUAAUAUGACAAACAAGUGGCAUGUCUAUAUGACCAAGGAUGGAAGGAUAUCCCUAGCAGGAUUAUCAUUGGCCAAGUGUGAAUACCUUGCGGAUGCCAUCGUUGAUUCAUGCUACAAUGUCAGUUAAAAUUAAUGGAAAACUGAGCUGAGAUUAUGGUAGCUGGAAAAUUUUGUUGAGUUAUAUGCAAACCAUGAGUAAUUUAAGUGAUUUUAUGAUAAAGAUGUAAUAAUGUGUGUUAACAAGUUAAGAACAUUUAAAUCUAGCGUUUUGAUUUAGGCAAUUUGCUGCCUUGAUAAUUGAUUAUCCUCCCAUAAAAACAAUCUUAUAUAAAAUUGAAAAUUGUCGGUGUCUUUUCUUUGUUUCUUUUUUAUAGGCAUAAUUUCUAUUCAUAUUACUGAGCUCAAAAUGAAGCACUCAUUUUCUUAAU